AUCUUGCUUCUCUCUUUUCACUUAUAGCGGCUUAAAACAGUGAAACGCUCGCGAACUUUAAAGUCACCACUUCCAUGGCCAUCGCUACCGUUGCUUGCCACUACAAAUGCGCUUCGCGGGAUGGAGACGAGCGUAACCUUUUUCCCGCAGAGAAUGAGGCCUGUCGCAAUGCUGCUGGCUAUCGUCUUCUUCAUCGUGUCUUUCACGAGCUAUGUCUCUGCGAUGACCGCCACUGGCACUGCCUUUUCUUCGUCGUCGUCGCUGAAUCAGAUCGUUGUUGGUCGAGUUUUCUGCGAUCGAUGCGUGGAGGGACGCUUCUCCAGGCAUGCGGCGUUCGUCAAAGGUAAGUCGAUAAGUUCUUCCACUCGAAAACUUCGAUGUUCUUAGCUGACGAGAACACUUACGCUUUCCAGGUGCCAAAGUUGCGCUCGAGUGCACGGGAGACGAUGGAGGAAUUCACGUUGCCGGGGGCGAGACGGACAUGGCUGGCUCGUUUCUGAUCCCCUUCGACACCUCCAAGAUCAACACCCACUCCUGCUCGGUCAAGCUUGUAAACACACCGCUCUCCGAGUGUAAUCUCGUCUCCAAGCCGGCUCAAGUUCUCACACCCGACAUGAAGCUCAAGAAAAACGUCGUCUACGCCGGACUGCUGAGCUUCCGGCCGGAAGAACCACUCCCAGCCUGUUCUUCACGGAAGAGUGACGCCUACUACGGCACUCCGCCAGCGUACUCGUCCCCAGCGCCUGUGACCCGUGCCGCUCCUCCACCGCCAGCGUUCUCUUCUCCAGCUCCGAUAGUCCGAGCUUCACCACCUCCACUCUACUCGAGCCCGGUUCCAUACUCUUCUCCAGCUCCGAUGGUCCGAUCUUCGCCACCUCCGCUGUACUCGAGCCCGGUUCCAUACUCUUCUCCAGCUCCGAUCGUUCCAGCCUCUCCGCCACCAUAUUCGUCUCCAGCUCCAAUUGUUCCAGCCUCUCCACCGCCUUAUUCCUCUCCAGCUCCGAUCGUUCGCUCGUCCCCUCCACCACUGUAUUCUUCUCCAGCUCCAGUUGUUCGCCCAUCACCUCCACCAUAUUCGUCUCCAGCUCCGAUCGUUCGCUCGUCACCUCCACCAUACUCCUCUCCAGCUCCGGUCGUUCGCUCCUCACCUCCACCACUGUAUCAGCCUCCUCCACUUUACUCCAGCCCGGCUCCGAUCAUCCGCUCAGCACCACCAGUUCCAGUGUCUUGCGCUCCUCCAAUCUACUCUAGUCCGGCUCCAGUAGUUCGUUCAUCGCCGCCACCAGCGUACUCCUCUCCUUCACCGCCACCAUACUCUUCUCCAGCUCCGAUCGUUCGUUCUUCUCCACCUCCAUUGUACUCUUCUCCAGCUCCCUCACCACCGCCACUCUACUCUUCCCCAUCUCCAAUCUCUCGAUCCUCCCCUCCUCCACUGUACUCUUCCCCAGCUCCAAUCUCUUCACCUCCUCCAUAUUCUUCUCCAGCUCCAAUCACUCGAUCCUCACCGCCUCCACUCUACUCUUCCCCAGCUCCAAUCACUCGAUCCUCGCCUCCUCCGCUCUACUCUUCCCCAGCACCGAUCACUCGAUCCUCACCUCCGCCAUUGUACUCGCCGCCAGCUCCGAUCGCACCCCCGCCAGUCUUCUCGUCGCCAGCUCCAAUCGUUCGAUCGUCUCCUCCUCCUGGCUACGCCCCACCCUACUAG